CUCCUCAGUGCUCGUGUGCUGCCCAGGAUGGAGGCAACAAGGAAGCGAGUGUUUAAUAGCUGUGUGUGAGGGGAACUUCACCUGCAAGGAGAACGAGGUGUGUGUCAGACCUGGCGAGUGCCGCUGCCGCCACGGCUACUUCGGUGCCAACUGCGACACCAAGUGCCCCCGGCAGUUCUGGGGUCCCGACUGCAAGGAGAUGUGCAGCUGCCACCCCAACGGGCAAUGCGAGGACGUGACGGGCCAGUGUACCUGCAACCCCAACCGCUGGGGUCCCAAAUGCGAGAACGUCUGCCUCUGCAAGCACGGCAAGUGCGACCAGAAGACGGGGAAAUGCACCUGUGAGCCCAACUGGUGGGGACCCCAAUGCUCCAGCUCCUGCUAUUGCAGCCACAACUCCCAGUGCGACCAGCAGACGGGCAACUGCCUGUGCCAACCGGGCUGGUGGGGCCGCGGCUGCAACAACCAGUGCUCCUGCAACAACUCACCCUGUGAGCAGUUCACGGGGCGCUGCCAGUGCCGGGAGCGGACAUUCGGGCCCCGCUGUGACCGGUACUGCCAGUGCUACAAGGGCAAGUGCAACCAGGUGGAUGGGACCUGCACGUGUGAGCCAGGCUACCGGGGGAAGUAUUGCCGUGAACCGUGCCCGGCUGGCUUCUACGGCCAAGGCUGCAGGAGACGGUGUGGGCAGUGUAAGAGCCUGCAGCCAUGCACUGUGGCAGACGGGCGCUGCCUGACCUGCGAGGCCGGCUGGAAUGGCACAAAGUGUGACCAACCCUGCUCGCCUGGCUUCUACGGAGAGGGCUGUGAGAAGUUCUGUCCCCCCUGCAAGGAUGGUCACACCUGCAACCACAUCAAUGGCAAGUGCUCCCAUUGCAACCCGGGCUGGAUCGGAGACCGGUGUGAAACCAAAUGCCGGAACGGGACAUACGGGGAGAACUGCGCCUUCGUCUGCAGUGACUGCGUCAAUGGCCAGUGCCACUUCGAGACCGGCCGGUGCCUCUGCCACCCUGGCUCCCAUGGCACCUAG